CGCUCGCUCCUCCGCCGCCAUGAAGAUCGCCAUCCUCCUCGCCCUCACGGCCGUGGCCCUCGCAGACAAGCUGCCCGGCGCCGCCCCCCCCGUCAUCGCCAUCCUCAGGAGCAGCCAAGUCAACCCCGACGAGCUCGGCGCCCACAGUUCCGACUUCGAGGCCGAGAACGGCAUCGUGUUCCAGUUCUCGGGCUCCGAGGGUGCCGCUGGCGGAGCCAACAUGGUCGGAUCUUUCAGCUACCCCCAGGAGGACGGCUCUCUGGCCGAAGUCAAGUUCGUGGCCAACGAGAACGGCUACCAGCCCGAGUCCUCCCUCCUGCCCGUGGCCCCUGCCUUCCCCCACCCCAUCCCCCAGUUCGUCCUCGACCAGAUCGAGUUCGCCCGCCUCGAGGACGAGCGCAAGGCUCGCGAAGGAAAGAACUAAUGUCUUUGUGAUAUGAUUUUAUAGAACUGUGUCCUGUCGUCCUGUAGCCUAAUGUACUCCUAUUUAUAAAAGCACAUUGCUUGUUGUAAAUAAAAGAAC